UUCCAGCGCCUCAGUUAAGCACAAGCGCUCAACACGGUCGCCAGCAGAAACAGUCGCAACGGAUGAAAUCCUCCAUUCACGCCGAUAGAUAAAUCCACAUCAAAUAUUUCCGAAAACCUGUAAACAGAAAAAAAUGGGAAAACUAGUGUUGUAUGGCGUGGAGCCAAGCCCUCCAGUGCGCGCUGUGAAAAUGACACUGGCAGCGCUGGGUCUACAAUACGAAUACAAAUUAGUCAAACUACUUGAGGGCGAGCACAAAACGGCAGAAUUUAUGCGGAAGAAUCCACAGCAUACUGUGCCUUUGCUGGAGGAUGAUGGUCAAUACCUCUGGGACUCGCAUGCAAUUAUGGCAUAUCUGGUACGUCGCUACGCUAAAGACGAUACACUUUAUCCCAAGGACUUCAUCAAGCGCGCCAUUGUUGAUCAGCGAUUACAUUUUGAAACGGGUGUCUUGUUCCAAGGCUGCUUACGCAACAUAGCUUUGCCGCUCUUCUAUGGCAACGCUAUCGAGGUACCACGCGCUAAAAUUGAUGCAAUUUAUGAAGCAUACGACUUUCUGGAGGUCUUCCUCGCUGACCAACCCUACCUGUGUGGACAGACCAUCACACUAGCCGACUUUAGCAACAUCUCGACCGUUACCAGUUUCGCUGGGUUGGCGCCCAUCGAUGCGGCUAAGUACCCGAAAUUGAAAGCUUGGGUCGCUCGCAUGAGCCAAAUACCAAACUAUAAUCAAUCGAAUGGUUAUGGCGCACAAAUGCUUGUCGAUAUGUUUAAGGAGAAAAUCCAAAGGAUUGUAUAAAGAUUGUGGCACAAAAGAGAAUGUGAUAAUAACAUGAUGUAAUUGUGAUUUUAAAUAAAAUGUUAAGCGUACGAAACUUCAGAGAUUUGAUUCAAACUGAUGCUGAUAAUGAAGUUCGGGAAUGAUUAUCAAG